AUGGCGUCUGAACUAUACUACUUCAACCCCUCAACUCCACCUCGGGCUCUUAUGUCUGAUGCCGAGCUUCUUGGCUCUGCUCAUAGUCGGACAACCUCAGGUUCAUCUGAAUACACAGGUUCCUCUGCUUAUACUGACGAGUCUUCGCCUGCAUCUCGCUCAACCAGUGUAUCUACUUCUGGCAGGUCUCCAGGUAGACGACCCCCGGGCCCUAUACUUUUACCCAAAAUCAGACCCCAGGAUAUCACGGUCGAGCCGCAAUCACACUAUGGCUCUCAGCGAAGCCGGAAAGCCCUUUCCGCUACUCAAAAUCCUUCUGGAUUUGCACCAUAUCCUACUUCACGCCCUUCUAUUUCCCGCAGGGCAAUUGAACCUAUAGACUGUUCGCUAGUUUCCCCCAUCUGUGCCACGCCUACUUCAUAUGGUUAUCCCGGGGGCGCUAUGUCUCCUAUAUCUGCAGUUCCUCCCACCAGCUCUAGGAGAAGAACUGCUCAUUCGCGGAAUCCAUCUGUUUCUAGUAUCGAUGAUGCCACCCUGAGCCGUUAUGGUUAUCCCACUUACCGCCAAAUGCCCAAGUACCUUGCUCAAUAUAGCCCAACUACCCCUGUUUCUGCAACGUCCUUCACUUACCCAACACCCAAUUACACUACGACCCCUUAUGCAGCUGCAGCCGACCCACUUGUUAGUUAUCCAACAUCCAACUAUGCUACCCCCGCUUAUCCAGGCACAUACCCGUCCCCUGCCUAUCCAACGUCUGCCUACUCAGCUGCUGCAGAAGCUUAUGAUCCCGCUUCCGAUGUUGCGUCUGCACAUACUCAAUAUGGCUUUUCUGACGCCACCGCCAGGGCCUUGGGAGUUUCAACUGUUGACCCAUCUAUCCCACCUUCCCUUAAUGUGAUUCCACCCUCUCUUGCACCACCAAUGGACUACUCUUCAUUGCCAUCAUCCGCAUCUACUACCCUGCUAGAGUACCUAAAUGCCCCCACACAGGCCAUCAACCUCGUUGAGACCAUGGCUUACCCGUCAAAUCGAGUGAGCCCGGCACAUUUCUGGUGGGAUGUCAGAAAUAUUCGACAAUGGUCUUCCUUCUCCCUUGAAGAGAUGAGCUCUAUCCCUCGCUUCCCACAGCUUCUCACCACCAACAUCUCCCAGGAUUCUCUUCCACUUAGCACUGUUGCCCCAUCCCGACUGUAUCCUGACUCCGAAUUUUCAUUGACUGAUUUGAUUCGUGAUGUCUAUGCUCCACGAGUCAAUGCUGCUCUUCGCAUUUCCCAAGGACACGAUUGCCUUUCCCUAUACCCAGCUCCAAUAAACCCAGCAAACAGAGAUAAUGAUCCUCAUUUCAUCGCCAAUUAUGCCAGUGAUACUGAGCAGACACCAUCCGGCCUCCCUCGCGGCCGCAUUGUUGGCAUAGUUAAGACAUUCAACAGAUGGAACACCGGAAUGCGAAACGAAGCGCCUCAUAGACGUGUUGAGUAUCUCAAUGGCCUCUCUCAUUUGCAACGCUGCAUGAGAGAGCACUCCUGCCGCUACGGAUUCAUCAUGACUGAGAUUGAACUUGUCUGUGUACGUGCUGGAUGCGACGAAGGCGACGACGUUCCAUAUUUCGGCUUCCUCGAAUUGGCCACUCCAAUCGCAACAAAGACAUCCUAUAACCCAUCCCUAUCUAGCGUAGGGUUAUCUCGCUCUACUUCGGCCUCUUCAGCUCAAUCUUCCGAUUAUUCUGUCUCAUCCCGAGGAGUAUCCCCCAUACCUGCAGGCUUCUCUGGGCCUUUCUCGGCAACUAUGGCACUAUAUUACCUACUCAUGCUGUCCAAGUCUGUGCCUCUUCCAACUCAGCCUUCAUGGCACCUAAACGUUGGUGGGCCAGGAGCCCUGACUCGGCAGCGCACCCUACCAGAUGAUAAGGAUAGCUGGAUUCCCGAGCCACAGCAACGAGAGAAGCGUGAAGCAAAGCGAAUUCGAGGAUGGGUCUGGCCACAAGACGCAUGGCACCGUCGCGAAGGCGGAGGUUCUAGUAGGACUAGAGCUGCUAAGAUCGCUGCGGCAAAGCGAUGGCAUAAGUGA